AUGGCCACGGGGGGCUCUUCUCUGGACGUGGAGAAGAAAGCCCACGGUGGGACGGCGACAGCGGAGGAGGAGGAGGAGGAGAUAUCCCCGAUCGAGCAGGUCCGCCUCACCGUCGCCACCACCGAUGACCCCUCCCUCCCCGUGUGGACCUUCCGGAUGUGGUUCAUUGGGCUGCUCUCCUGCGCGCUCAUGUCCUUCCUGAACCAGUUCUUCGCUUACCGCACCGAGCCGCUCAUCAUCACCCAGAUCUCGGUCCAGGUGGCCUCGCUCCCCAUCGGUCAUUUCCUCGCGCGUGUCCUCCCCCGCACCAAGUUCCCCCUCCCGGGCUUCGGCGAUCGGCUCUUCUCCCUCAACCCCGGGCCCUUCAACAUGAAGGAGCACGUCCUCAUCUCCAUCUUCGCCAACGCCGGCUACGCCUUCGGCAACGGCUCUGCCUACGCCGUGGGCAUCGUCACCAUCAUCAAGGCCUUCUACAAGCGCAACAUCUCCUUCAUUGCCGGCUGGAUCCUCAUCGUCAGCACCCAGGUACGUUUCCCACAGUCUGAAUGCCCUCGUCCCCGGCUCCUCUUCUUCCAAUUCUCGUGUCCUCGUCCGGGACGGACCGGAUCGGAUCGGUAUUCCUCUUUUUCCCUCCCGUAUGCUUCCCGAUUAGUCGAUUCAUUCCCCGCGCACUCUCCUUUUUUUUAAUCUUUUCUUCAUCUCCGCUGCCGAUAUUUCACCGAAUCGCGAACAAACCGGAACACACGAACUGACAAUGUCUGAUCUUUCCUACGCCGCGGCUCGCGGCGGACCCUGGCCGGCGGCAGGUGCUGGGCUACGGAUGGGCGGGGCUGCUGAGGAAAUACGUGGUAGAGCCGGGGCACAUGUGGUGGCCGAGCACACUCGUCCAGGUUUCCCUUUUCCGGUACGUUCACCUCGCUCUUUCUUCCUCCCGGUAGCAUCAUACGCGAUCCUUUAUUGCGGUGAUUGCUGCGGCUGAUCAUCCCUCCUCUGUAAACACUCCAACCGGGUACUCGUCAACAUCAACUCUUGAGAUUCUGAUGACUGUGGGCGCGAGGUCGUUCUCACUGACUUUAAGUGCCGCCCUCCCCCCACCCCCUUGAACGGAGUACCCUCCAACAUCUUUCAAAGCCCAAAAGUUGACUUCACAUCCUCCUUAUCACUUGUUGUCCGCCCGUUCACACUUCUCCACUUGUCGUUUUCCACAAAUCAGAGUGUGGGUUAUGCCAGUCAACUGCAGGGUCUCCUUCUCUCACGACUGCAGACUACGCCACUCGUAUCGGGCCAAGUCAUCAAUCGUUACUUCUUCUUCUUCUUCUUCACAGCGGAGAAUACACCCCCCCCACACACACACACACACACACACAAUUUACUUACGUCCAUCUUUUACUGGGAGGGUGAAGGCAGGAAUGGAUGAGAUAGGGUCCGCUCUCGGUAUUAUCUGGAACCUCUUAGAGCUGCUAAGAAGACCAAAUAUUAGACCUGCUGACCGUUCGUUCGGGAGCAUGGACAAUACUGCAUGGCGGGGGAAGCUUGGUUGCGGGUGUCAUAACUUUGGGAGGUAUUUCGCGGUGCAUGCAGGGCCUUGCACGAGAAGGAGCGGCGCCGAAUGUCGAGGGCCAAGUUUUUCCUCAUCGCCUUUCUCUGCAGCUUCGGUUGGUACGCCGUCCCAGGGUACCUGUUCCCCACACUGACGAGCGUUUCCUGGGUUUGCUGGGUGUUCUCCAAGUCCGUCACCGCCCAGCAGCUCGGCUCCGGCAUGAGGGGUCUGGGCCUGGGGGCUUUCACCCUUGACUGGUCCGCUGUCGCCGCCUUCCUGUUCAGUCCCCUCGUCAGCCCCUUCUUCGCCAUCGUCAACGUAUUCAUCGGAUUCUUCAUCAUCUUGUACGUCGUCAUCCCGCUGUGCUACUGGGGACUGAACCUGUACAGCGCGAAGAACUUCCCCAUCUUCUCCUCCCACCUGUUCACCAGCGACGGCGGUCGAUACAACAUAUCGGCCAUUGUCAACGACAAGUUCGAGAUAGACAUGCCGGCAUACGAGAAGCAGGGCCGCAUCUCCCUGAGCAUGUUCUUCGCUCUCACGUACGGUUUCGGGUUCGCCACCAUAUCCUCCACUUUGUCCCACGUCGGGCUUUUCUACGGAAGGUACGCCUCAAGUAGCAACCCCUCCCCGCACCCCCCUUCCCUUUGGCCAUUGUUUUCUGCGAGUACCUCGUUGGAAAUUCUGAGCUGUGUGUAACGUGCAGGGAAAUAUAUGCCCGGAUGCGAGCAUCGUACAAGAACAAGGAGGAUAUCCACACGCGAUUGAUGAGGGUGUACGAGGACAUACCGGGAUGGUGGUUUUAUUCUCUGCUCGGAACGACUGUCGUGAUCUCCCUCAUCCUCUGCACUGUACUGAAAGAAGAGGUUCAGCUGCCCUGGUGGGGUCUCAUCCUCGCCUGCUUCAUGGCGUUUGCGUUCACCCUCCCCAUCUCCAUCAUCACUGCGACGACCAAUCAGGUAUGGGCAGUCUCUAUCAUCGACUCCUCACGUGCAUGUCUUCUCUGGUGAGUAGGAAAUGGCAAAUGAAAACAAUGAGCUCCUCAAGAAUAUAGGGGUGUCUAUCCCCGCAUGAGAUGCGAACGUUCCUUUAUUUUAUUUUCGUUUUAUUUGCAUGGAUCAGACGCCGGGGCUGAACAUUAUAACCGAGUACGUCAUGGGCGUCAUCCUGCCGGGGAGGCCCAUAGCGAACGUGUGCUUCAAGGUUUAUGGGUACAUGAGCAUGACGCAAGCGAUAUCCUUCCUCGCGGAUUUCAAGCUUGGCCACUACAUGAAGAUCCCCCCCAGGUCGAUGUUCCUGGUGCAGGUACGCCCUGAACUCUUCUCACCUGCCGGCGAAUGAUCUCUGCUUUUCGACCGGGCAGCUGAUGCUGAAGGUGCUGCCGCCUCAGUUCAUAGGGACGAUCGUGGCGGGGACCAUAAACCUCGGCGUGGCAUGGUGGCUGCUGGAAUCCGUCGAGAACAUCUGCCAGGACGAGCUGCUGCCGCCCAACAGCCCCUGGACGUGCCCCGGCGAUCGGGUCUUCUUCGACGCAUCGGUCAUCUGGGGCCUCGUCGGUCCCCGGCGCAUCUUCGGGCCGCUGGGGAGCUACGGUGCGCUCAACUGGUUCUUCCUCGGGGGAGCCCUAGGACCGGUGGUCGUGUGGCUCUUCCACAAGAAGUUUCCCCGCCAGCGCUGGAUCAAGCUCAUUAACCUUCCCGUGCUGCUGGGCGCAACGGCCUACAUGCCCCCCGCCACCGCCCUCAACUACACCGCCUGGGUAGCGGUGGGAACGGUGUUCAACUUCUUCGUCUUCCGCUACCGCAAGAGGUGGUGGCAGAGGUACAACUACGUCCUCUCCGCCGCGCUCGACGCUGGCGUGGCGUUCAUGGGCGUGCUGCUCUACUUUUCCGUGGGACUGGAGAACAAAGGCCUGGACUGGUGGGGCACGGGCGGCGAGCACUGCGAGCUCGCCACUUGCCCCACCGCCAAGGGGAUUGAAGUCGACGGAUGCCCCGUUUUCUGA